GGGACACAAAAAAGGAAACAUUUAGAAAAGAAAAGAGAAGAAACAGAAAAAUUCAGACAUUUAAAUUUUAUUACAAAAAAAUAAAAAAUUCAAAUUAAAAAAAAUAAAAAAAGAAGAGAGAGAUAAGCGUUUAGCGAAGCAAAGCAUUGGCAUUGCAAAGAAAGACGCCCUCUUUCUCCUCACCUACAACUUUAUCUCAUAAAUUCAUGAAUACCCAGAAACCAUAACUAUUCAAAUUCUUUUAUUUCUUCUUUUUUUGAUUUUCCCAUAUAUAAAUUUCUAAGCUUUUUUCGUAUAAUCUUCCACCGAUUCAAAACAACCCAGAAUUUAUAUUUUUUAUAUUGUAAUUUUUGUGGGUAGUUUUUGGUGCAGGUGUAAGCAACUAAAGAUCUAUGGCCGAUCUUCGUUGAGAUUUUCAACUUUUGAAGUUAUUAGUCUUUGUGUUUGUAAUCCGAUCGUUGGUAUUUUUGGUGCUCCAAGGAAGGAUCUGAGAGUUGAAGAUAUUAUGUUGUAAUCACCAGGGAGGUGAAUUGUAUGGGUGGAGGAUGCCAGAGCUGCGAAGUGGAGCCCGAAGAUCGAAGAGGCUUGGUGAUCUUCAGCAGCCUACCCCUGAAUUGAAUGACCAAGGUGAGAAUUUUCUUCCACCUACGCAAAACAAAACGAGGCGAAGAGGGGGUGGUAGAGGAAGAGGAGCGAAUGCUGCAGCUGGUUUAGGUAAAGGGGCCCAAGCAGGAGUAGGAGCUAGGCAAGCUGGUCGAGGUCGGGGUGUUAGAGUGAUAGAUUUGGACCCUGAAGUUCCUGGAGAAGUUGUUCCUCAAGUUGUACCUGUAGGAGUUGCUGGUGGUGCCGCUCAAAAUCGAGUUGAGGGGGCUGCUGAUAAAGAUAUUGCAAUGGAAGGUGGGAGUGCUGAUAAACUGGUGGCUGCCGAAGAGGAUGCUAACUCAACGCCUGUUCCCGACAGGGUUCAAGUGGGCACUUCACCUGUAUAUAAGAUUGAGCGGAAACUGGGUAAGGGUGGCUUCGGCCAGGUUUAUGUUGGCAGGAGAAUGGUUGGUGGUGUUGACAGGAUCGGGCCGGACGCUAUUGAGGUUGCGGUCAAAUUUGAACAUCGCAAUAGUAAGGGCUGCAAUUAUGGCCCUCCUUAUGAGUGGCAAGUUUACAACUCAUUGAAUGGAUGCUACGGUAUUCCUUGGGUUCAUUUUAAAGGUCGCCAAGGAGAAUACUACAUUUUGAUAAUGGAUAUGCUUGGACCGAGUCUAUGGGAUGUUUGGAACUCAUUAGGACAAUCGAUGUCUCCAAAUAUGGUUGCAUGCAUAGCUGUGGAGGCAAUAUCAAUUUUAGAAAAAUUGCAUUCAAAAGGCUUUGUGCAUGGGGAUGUAAAGCCAGAAAAUUUUCUUCUUGGUCAACCCGGAACUGCUGAUGAAAAGAAGUUAUAUCUCAUAGAUCUUGGUUUAGCAUCAAGAUGGAAAGAUGUAUCAUCUGGUCACCAUGUUGAUUAUGAUCAGAGGCCUGACGUGUUUAGGGGAACGAUAAGAUAUGCAAGUGUCCAUGCACACUUGGGUCGAACAGGCAGUAGGAGGGACGAUCUCGAGUCAUUGGCAUAUACUUUGAUCUUCUUGAUUAAAGGGCGGUUACCCUGGCAGGGUUAUCAAGGCGAUAACAAGAGUUUUCUCGUGUGUAAGAAAAAGAUGGGCACUUCUCCUGAGUUGAUGUGCUGCUUUUGCCCUGCCCCAUUCAAACAGUUCCUUGAAGCUGUGACUGUCAUGAAAUUUGACGAGGAGCCGAAUUAUGCAAAACUUAUAUCAUAUUUUGAAUGUCUGAUUGAACCUUGUGCGCCACUUAGGCCUAUUAAAAUUGACGGAGCUCUGAAGGUGGGCCAAAAACGGGGACGACUGGCUCUUAAUUUGGAAGAAGACGAGCAGCCAAAGAAGAAAAUACGGUUAGGUAGUCCGGCAACCCAGUGGAUUUCAGUUUAUAAUGCUCGCCGUCCAAUGAAGCAGAGAUAUCAUUACAAUGUAGCUGACGCUAGGCUUAAGCAACACAUCGACAAGGGAAAUGAAGAUGGGUUAUACAUCAGUUGUGUGGCUUCAUCAACCAACCUUUGGGCCCUGAUUAUGGACGCGGGAACUGGUUUCAAUUGUCAAGUGUGGGAACUCUCGAACGUGUUCUUGCAUAAGGAUUGGAUCAUGGAACAGUGGGAAAAAAAUUUCUAUAUCAGCUCAAUAGCUGGUGCUGCUAACGGGAGUUCCUUGGUCGUUAUGUCUAAAGGUACUCCUUAUACUCAACAAUCGUAUAAAGUAAGCGACUCAUUUCCGUUUAAGUGGAUCAAUAAAAAAUGGAAAGAGGGAUUCCACGUGACGUCCAUGACAACUGCUGGUAGUCGAUGGGGAGUAGUAAUGUCGAGAAACGCAGGAUUUACCGAUCAGGUUGUUGAGCUAGAUUUCCUAUACCCGAGCGAGGGUAUACAUAGGAGAUGGGAGAGUGGUUACAGAAUAACCUCCAUGGCUGCGACUCCUGAUCAAGCGGCUUUUGUGCUCAGCAUUCCUAAGCGUAAAACUAUUGAUGAAACGCAAGAAACUUUGAGAACCUCUGCUUUUCCUAGUACUCAUGUAAAGGAAAAGUGGGCAAAAAAUCUCUACAUCGCUUCAAUAUGCUAUGGCCGAACUGUAUGCUGAUUGCGGCUUGUACAUAUUUUGCUGUAGAGUUUUUGAGCGCGCUAAAACGACUGGAAUAGCCAAAAGCAUUCAAGCCACUAAUUUCGAGGUUAAGGGGAUUGAGCCUCUUUUCAACGUUGUAGGGGUAAACAAACGGGCUUCCUCGAUGGUUUUGCUUUCGCCCCUUGUAUUUUGUAAAAGGUAUCCGUAUAUAUACCAUUUGAGAAUAGAAAAACAAACAAAAAGCGUUUGAAAUGUCGAAGGAUCAAUCCCGAAGCCCGUACGAGUAGAGGCUGUAAAAUUAUGUCAACGAAAAAAAGACGAUAUUUCUUUUGAAAUGGAGAAGUAAUUUCAGCAGAAAAUAUUUUCAAUGUAACUUUUAUUUUGCUUUAAAAGAUUUCUUAAAUUAUAUUUCAUUUUUCUUGCUUUCA